UUUACGAAUCGUCCAACCACUCGAUUCACUCCUUUCUGACUGAGGACUGAUAUGUGCAAAAGGUAACGUUAAUGUAAUUUCAUUCGCCAUGAUUUCUGAUCAAGGAAUGCUUGAAAUGUUUCGAGACGCUCGACAACCCACAUCCUUUGUCCACACCAUUGAACAAUAUUAUUGCGUAAUAAUAAUUAUAAUCAAUGGAAACGAUUCAAUUUUUUCCAAUUCAAUAUGAAGACUAAGAAGUGAUUCUAUCAACAACGUCUCGCAUUCUAGUUCGAUCUUCUACCGAGAUAUUUACUGAAACUUCUUGAAACACUCCAUCCUCAACACUCUUUUUCAGUCUGCAACAUUAAAGAAUUCUGCAGCUAAAACUUCAUUAUGUUCAAUUUGAGGAGAUGGGGGGAAGUACUAGAGAUAAUAUUGUUAUCAACAACACUCAUCUCAGAGCAUGCUUUGUCAGAAACUACUGCAAUCAUUGCAAGUCAAAAUAAUCAAACGCAUGUUCCUCGAACAACUACAACCGACGUAUCAGCGGAUAUGGUUUCAACCUUUGCGAACAAUGUUGGACAGAACACGACGACAAAUUGGGUCGUUGCUGAGGAAGAAACUGUAUCCGAUUCUGUCAUAAAGAAUGGGACAGAAACGGUCAUGACAACUACGAUGGCGACAAAAACAAUUUCUACUGAGAUUGAAGUCACCGCAUCCAACAACGCUGAAAUUACUCACAUGCCUAAAAUGUUAGGUACAAGUACUGCGAAAUCAAAUAUUACUCAUGAGCUAAACGUAAUAUUUCCACAGGCAACGACAACACAUGAAGAUCGUUCUACAACAGCAGUUCUAAUUGAGGAAUAUACGACGAAUUUAUCAACCAGCUCAUCUCAAGAGGAAACAAUCGUGACGAAUAUCCAGAAUCUAGAAAGUUCUGUUUCCAGCCACGAUAUAACGAUGACAACCAUUGCCGCUAACGAACAAGAAGGCUCCUCCACGCUGUCGUCAGAUAUUUACACAAUCGCUUACCCCACCGUCGGUGCCACUGCUGAGCAAGUCAUAAGAAAUGAUAUUCAGAAGGGGACAACAACUAUACUAAGUGAAACUCUAUCUGUCGCAAGCAGUAAACAUGCGACAACGCACACAGAAGUAGGAAUGAACCUAGAGAGAACUGCUGCUGUAUCACAAACAAACACGGCGAUUGUUAUACCUUUGUCAACACGAGCUACUUAUAGCAAAUUUGAGUUUACAGCCAAUCAAACAACGAACAGUUUGCUACACAGUUUCGAAUCUAACAGAGGUACUGUCGUAUCAAAUCCUAGUUUGAAACCAGAAACUACAUACGAUUUUGGAAGCAUCGUUCCGCAGACAGCAGCAGUCGAUAUUGGCACCACAACAACUCCAAUAAAAUCAGCAUUAAGCUUUGCAAAUUCUACUAGCAAUUUAGAAGAAAUGUUUACAAAUUCAACCACAGAAUAUGUAGCUAGCUAUACAGCCACAGAGAAAAAGCUCUACUUUGAAAUUGGCAUCGUCAAUAAAACAUACAGCAAGGAAUUAGGUAACUCAAGUUCGGAAGCUUAUAAAAAUCUUUCAAAUGAGGUGGAAAAUGAUCUGAAGAAAAUUUUAUCCAACGUUAGUGGCAUAUCCAAUAUUAAGGUGAUAGCCUUUAGGAACGGCAGCGUCAUAUCGAGCAUAGAAAUGAUGGUUGGCGACCAAAUAACUUUCGACGCGAUUGUACAAGGGUAUUUGAACUCCACCGAAGACUUAAAGAAAGGUUUUGACUUACAAGGAUUUGUCGCAGUUCUGGGAGAAUAUACGACGGAGAAUAUACCCACUAACACAAAUCAAGAAGAAACUGCCGAGACAUCAACUAAGACCACUUUAUUGGAUAUAGCAAAAACGGUUGCAGUUGCUGAUCCGCAAAGCAUAGCUAAUUCCAGUCAUGAUUCGAUGAUCACAACUAUCUUAUUCAAUGGACAAGAUGUCUCGACCACAGUAUCGACAACAGUCACGAGUGAGGAAGAAAAAACUGCAUCUACACUUGCCCAAACGGAAGAAAUGACUAACACAAUUUAUGAUGAGGUAGACAAAAUUAAUUCAACCAUAGUGAGAUUUGAGCCAACUGAAAUUUCCGAUGCAGGGUCUGUAUUUAAAUCCAUAGCCCACACUCCAGAUAAAGUGACAACAGGAACCACUUUUUAUGAACAAACAUCGCCAAACGUUAUUCUUCAAUGGUUAUCAACAUCACCUAAUCAAGCCGGAACUACUACUACUCUGUUGGAUUCAUCAACUAAUGCUGAUAGAAAUUCAAUUUUUACAGGAAAGACUUAUCUCUUUGAUAUUACGCUCGCGAACGAAACUUACAACACACAUCUUGACAACCCGAGCUCUGAAGAAUAUCGAAUCCUGAAAAAUAGGACUGAAUAUGUAUUGACUCAAAUAUUAAAAAACAUGACUGGAUUUUUGGAAGUAACCGUCACGGGGUUUUCAAAUGGCAGUGUUAUAGUCAGAUUUCAAGUAGAAGUUUCUAGUAACGCUACACAAGAAGAUAUUAUUCGAGCAUAUGAUAAUUCAAACGCAACAAGGAAAUCACUUUUCAAGAAGUCUGGUUUCACGCGAGUGACAUCGAAUAUGGGGGCAACACAAUCAGUUCCAGCCCCGCAGUCGUCAACACGAAUUAUCUCAACACCUCAAAAAGAAUCUACAACAAUAAUCACCGAAAUGAAAUCGUCUAUUCGUGCAACAAUUCCCAAAGAAACGACUGAUUCACAAAUGAUGGUUACGACUAUUAAACAUGAAUUGUCGUCAGAAAGUGUCGUAGCUGAGGAUACUACAGGAACGAUCUCACAUACUCAACCUAAAAUAGCAAGAAACAUAACUGGGACUGAAAAUCUUUCCAUGCGCUCAAAUUACGUGCGAUCUGGACCUACGACUAACUCACAUUUUAUACCCUCAAGCAUCCCAAUCGACUACACUAUGACUCCAGACUCUGAUGUGAAAACGACUAAACCAACUAUAGUAGAAACAGAUACUACACUAUUAUUACUGGAAAGGUCUACAACCGACGAGACUGUUAGCAAAUUAAGUACAGCAGACGGGCAGAGAGCACUAUCAACAUCAAAUACACCGAAAUGGAAAACCGAAACAAAAUCACUGUCAAUGAUAGAAAUGCCAACUUCCUCAUAUGCCGAGAAGAUUUCAACAACAUUGAUUACUGGUUCAAGUUUCCAAACUAAAAUGAAUUCCCUAUUGCCAGAUGAGUCAAGGCUUUCGACGAUAACACUGUUCACCACAAUGUCAGGCGAUGAUAUCCCGGAUACGACAAAUUUGCCAUUGACCCAAGAAGAUAAAUCAACGCUGCACAAUGAACAAACCACAGCAAUACCGAACAUGACUGAAAAGUUAGCAAACGGGUCAACAUCUCCACCCAUACAUACACGGACUAUAUUUAUGAAUUCUGGAUCAGAAUCUACUCAAAUUUUGCGCACUACACCAGGGGUAUCAGCUGGGCAGUACACAGACCAUAAAAUGACUACAGGAAAUACGUUAGUAACAACGAAUAAACACAGCGAAAUAGGGAGCACAGGUAAUCAAGCAACGGAUACGGAGAUUCAUAGUUCAACAACAUAUAUAUUCCACUCCGAAUCUGAACCUGUAACCAUUGCACGACUAGUGGGCGACCAGACUAGUGGGCAAGGAGGAUCUUCCUCGAGCUUAAUUCCCGCUGAAGAAACUACAGUGGGAAUUUACGCUGAUAUCGAAACCUCAAAAUUGGCAAAGGUUGAGACAGGUUCAACAGUUGUAUAUACAGCGAAUAUAUACAAUAUUGCCACGAGUAUAACGGAUGAAAUUCCUACAAAAAGCAGUACAGUUGUAACGGAAGGAACAAAAACAAAUACACGGAAACGAACAACAUCACCAAUGACUGUACAACCUUCCACGACAGCAAAACAGGCGACAGCAACAACUACGGGAUUGCAAACGACGUCGGUUAAAACAGAUCAAGAUAAGACAAAAACAUUUACCCAGAACAAACAAAUAUCAUUAUUUGAUUCCACUCCAUUAGGUAUUACAUCAGCGUCGUAUCCGCGCGGAUCAUAUAAUUCAGCAAUGUUAACAACACGUUCUCCGACAGAUAAAACAACGCUGCUGGUUGAAACAUCCAGUCAAAAAGUCGAAACAGUUCAUGCCAGUGACAAAUCAACAAUGGCUGAUACUUCUUUAUAUCCAAUAACAUCUUCUGAGUUGAUGACACAGCCAAUUCCUACAACACUUUCUACAGCUUCUCAAUUACAAACUACUUUCAAUGCUGUGAGUGAAACAACUCGCAUGUACCCGGUAAAUAAUGAAUAUAGUACAACAAAUAUAACUCCGACUGUGCGACCAGAAAAUACGCGGACGAAUUCUAUGCAAAAAAGGCCCACUGAUAUCACCACGAUGUACCAGGAAGUGACUACAGAAGUAACAAAUAAAAUGAAGUCGAACGAUGUGGAAAGUUCUUCAAUAAAACAAACACAUACGCCCACAUCAGCGGAAGCGUUGUUUACCGCAAGCAACUUAUCAACUGCAGAAAAAGAAACAAGUAAAACAGAUCUGACCUACAAAUCUUUCCCAGAAACGAUAAUUGAAGAUUUAACAACAAUUGAAGCGACAAUGUCACAAUAUCGAGUAGACGGAAGCACAUUUACCCAAUCUACGACAGCAACAAAUACAACAAAAGAGGACAGCAUAUCAACAAGUACAAAAAUCAUUAUGAAGGAAACUGUAAAUAAAACUACGAGUGCUGGAAGCAGAGAAAAAACUUCCGCCACUGCAACUUCGAAGGGUGAAUAUAUGCCGGCCUCUCAAUCUGAAGAAAAUACACGGGCAAUCCAAACUAAACAAUCGUUUUCCGAAUCAUCAAUGGCUAGAGUAAUCAUUUCAAAUGAACAGACUACUGACACAAUUACAACAUUAGAAUCGAACGAGUCAAAUGUCCAGUAUGAAGAAACUUCUCAGCAGACUCCAGUAUCAUCUUUAAGCACUACCACAUCUUCCAAUUUGAAAAUCAGCUCCAGUACCGUGGAUGAAACAACGAAUGCGAUUGAAGUUGCGGAAAAAAUGUUUUUAUUUGAAAUCACUUUGGUCAACGAGUCAUACAAUACCAACCUUGACAAUUCAAAUUCUACCGAAUACAAAAGCCUCAAACUUCACGUCGAAACGAAGUUGGAAAAAAUUCUCUUAAAGUUACCUGGGAUACGAAAUAUAUCGGUUUCUGGUUUCAGAAACGGAAGCGUUAUUGUAAGGAUCAAUAUGAACGUAGAAUCAUAUGUCACCGAAGAAAGUGUAUUAGAAGGAUACAAGAAUUCGACCAACCCCGAGAAGGCAUAUUUUAUGACACCUGGCUUCGUCACAUUAGGAACUAGCACAUACUCAACGGCGAAUUCUCCAACAACAAGUCAACCGGAAAGAGCCUCAUUGAAAAAAACAUCCCCUACCAGACCAGAGACUACGUUUAGACCAACUGAAACAACCCCCGGUUUUGUAACAAAUCUUAAAAUCAGUCAUACCGAGACAGCAAAUACUCUAAAAACUGAAACCACCUUAAAAAAUGAGGAGUAUCAACAAACGGCGACAAAUUAUUAUUGAUAACAACACCACAAAUAGAAGGAAAGAAGUUGACAUCAAAUAUAGAAACAUCGUCUUCCAGUAUUAUAUUCAACCAAACAUCCGGUUUGAUUAGAUCGGGUCCUGUUCUGUCCAGUACAAGUUCGACAAUUCAGCAACGUGAAAAUUCAAUGGCAGAUACGACUACAACUGUUGCAACAGAUAAGACAACAAUGACAACGACUCAAGUUGAUUUGGCAUCGGUCAUGCAAAAGGCCGAAACUACUGAAACAUUUACAGAAAAAAUAGCUGCAGGCACCCAAUAUGAUUUAACCAUAGCUGACACUUCUGCCUUCACAGAGCAUAAGCCAGAAGAUCCAACAGCAGUACACACCGUAACAAAUGUGAUAAUAACAAACGUCCCAGAACUUCGAGAAGAAUUAACUUCAGUCAGAACUUCCUAUCUUGAAUUUUCCAAUGCGUCUCAACCCGUGACAAAAGAAACAACGUUUGCUUCACAACCGCAAAAGACUGUCUCGUCAACGGAAAUAACAGUCGUACAAACACCAGGGGCAGGAACAAGCAAAUCUGAACAUUCAACCUUUAGUACAGCAAGCACAUCAGAGACUUCAAUUGCAAUCGAUGCUAAAUCAACGACUGGAACUAGCACAUACUCAACGGCGAAUUUUCCAAAAACAAGUCAACCGGAAAGAGCCUCAUUGAAAAUAACAUCAGCUACCGAACCAGAGACAGCGAUUAUUCAGGAAGCAUCUUCAAUAAUUAAAACAACAGCUCCUACGUUUAGACCAACUGAAACAACUCCCGGUUUUGUAACAAAGCUCAAGAUCAAUCAUACACAGACAACAAAUGCUUUAAAAACUGACACCACCUUAAAAAAAGAGGAGUACGAACAAACGGUGACAAGUUUAUCAUUGAAAACAACACCACAAACAGAAGGAAAGAAGUUGAAUUCAAAUAUAGAAACAACAUCUUCAGGUAUUAUAACCAACCAAACAUCUGAUUUGAUUAGAUCGGGACCAGUCCUGUCCAGUAUGCUUUCAACAAUUCAGCAACGUGACAAUUCAGUUGCAGAAACGACUACAACUGGUGCAACAGAUAAGACAACAAUGGCAACGAUUCAAGUUGAUUCGGCAUCGGUCCCCGAAAUGUCCGAAACAUUUACAAAAAAAUAGCUGCAGGAACCCAAUAUGAUUUAACCAUAGCUGACACCUCUGCAUUCACAGAGCAUAAGCCAGAAAAAUCAACAGCAGUGAACACCGCACCAAAUGUUAAAAUAACAAACGUCCCAGAACCUCCGAGAGAAUUUACUUCAGUCAGAACUCCCUAUCUUGAAUUUUCCAAUGCGUCCCAACCUGUGACAAAAGAAACAACGUUCGCUCCACAACCGCAAAAGACUGCCUCGUCAACGGAGAUAACAGUCGUACAAACACCAGGGGCAGUAACAAGCAAAUCUGAACAUUCAACAUUCAGUACAUCAAGCACAUCAGAUAUUUCAAUUGCAAUCGACGCUAAAGUAACGACUGGAAUGAGCACAUACUCAACGGCAAAUUAUCCAACAACAAGUCAAUCGGAAAGAGCCUCAUUGAAAAUAACAUCAGCUACUGAACCAGAGACAACGAUCAUUCAGGAAGCAUCUUCAAUAAUUAAAACAACAACUCCUACGUUUAGACCAACUGAAACAACCCCCGGUUUUGUAACAAAGCUUAAAAUCAGUCAUACAGAGACAACAAAUGCUUUAAAAACUGAAACCACCUUUAAAAAUGAGGAGUACGAACAAACGGCGACAAGUUUAUCAUUGACAACAACACCACAAACAGAAGGAAAAAGUUGACAUCAAACAUAGAAACAACAUCUUCAAGUAUUAUAAUCAACCAAACAUCUGAUUUGAUUAGAUCGA